CAUUGUUUUUGUUAUUAUUCUAAUUCCCUUGAUUUUAUAGUUUAGUUACAUAUUUUAAUUCGUACAUAAAAUGUCCUCUACUGAACAACAACAACAACACGAUGUUGAAGCUAAAUAUCCACAAGUAGCUCUUCCUCCUCCUGUUGCUCCUGUAGUUAUUGCUAACCCAGGUCCUUUGGGUCUUAGUGGUUUUGCCUUGACCACCUUUGUUUUAUCUCUUCAUAAUGCUGGUGCUGGUUUGAAUGCUGCUGGUCCUCAUGGUGUGGUCACUGGCCUUGCAAUUGGUUACGGGGGUCUAGUUCAGUUACUUGCUGGUAUGUGGGAAUUUAGAACUGGCAACACUUUCGGUGCUACUGCUUUUUCUAGUUAUGGUGGUUUUUGGUUAUCUUUCGGUAUGAUCUUUAUUCCUGGUUUUGGUAUUUUACAAAGUUACAAUGGAGACACGGCUACAUUGAAUCAAUCACUUGGUUUCUAUCUAUUGGGUUGGACAAUUUUCACUGGUAUCAUGUUGAUUGCUUCUCAUCGAUCAUCGGUUGGUCUUGUCGCUCUUUUCUUCAUGCUCUUCAUCACAUUCAUCCUUUUAGCGGCUGGCAAAUUCAAUAAUAGUUUAACCACACAAAUUGCAGGAGGUGCUUUCGGCGUGGUGACCGCUAUUAUUGCAUGGUAUAAUGCAUUGGCCGGUUUACUUACCAAGGAUUCUUCUUACUUUUUGUUGCCUGUUGGUCGUCUGUCCUAAUCCAUAUAACUCCUUAUCUCUAUAGCAUAGCAUUUUAUUUUAUUUUUCUUUCUUUAGUAUAGUUUGUCCUACUUUAUAUAUAUAUUACUUUAUUAUUAUUAUUAUUAUUAUUACUACCAUAGUCUUCUUUUCAAUUCAAUCCUCCUUGAAUAAUAAUAAAAAAAAAACUUCUUUUUCUUUAUCUUUUA